AUGGAGAGAUGGCUUAAAAAAGGAACUCUGAAACGUUCCUUUCCAGAACCUGAAUAUUUUGCGGUGAACUCAAGUCAUUAUGAUAAUCAUAGUAAUAAUGAGAAUGAUACAAAUGAAAUCACCCCAAAAGAUUUUAGGAAAUGCGUUAUUUGCAGCAAAGUUCUCCCAAAUAGCUCAAUGGCUCCAGCUAAAAUGCGUCGUCAUUUAGAAUCUGUUCACGGUGAACUUAAAGAAAAAAAUGUAGAAUUCUUUAUUCGAAAGCGUGACGAACUACUAAAAUCAAUAAACUUUAGCUAUCGGAUAGCUCAACGCGGUGAAGCUUACACAAUUGCCGAAAGUCUUAUAAAACCUUGUGCUAUGGAGAUGAUAAAAUGUAUGUUAGAUGAAAAAUUGGCAACAGAAAUAUCUAAAAUCCCACUAUCAAAUAACACGGUAGCUAAUCGUAUCAAUGAUUUAGCAGCCGAUAUACAGAAUGAACUUAUUUUUCGUCUCAAAUCGUGCAAAUUUGCAUUACAAAUGGAUGAGUCUACCGAUGUAGCUGGGCUUGCAAUAUUAAUUGUCAUUGUUAGGUAUCAAUACGAAAGCACAUUAUUGGAAGAUCUUCUUUUAUGCAAAUCUCUACCAACACGUGCUACUGGAGUUGAAAUAUUUGAUCUUCUAAAUCCAUUUCUCGAAGGAAAUGAAAUACCAUGGGAAAACUGCGUUGAUAUCUGUACCGAUGGAGCAAAGGCUAUGAGUGGUACAAUUAAUGGAGCUGUACAGCGUAUUAAAAAUAUUGCCAAAAACUGUUCUAGUAGCCACUGUAUGAUACACAGACAGGCUCGCUGCAAAAAAGUUAUCUAUUAG